ACACCUGCAGGUGUACACGAGCCAAACCAUGUCGAACUCCAGGAAAUUCUUCGAGAGCCUGACGGGGGCCGGGAAGUCCAUCGCUGUGCUGACCAGUGGCGGGGAUGCUCAAGGCAUGAAUGCGGCAGUACGAGCUGUAGUCCGGAUGGGAAUCUACGUUGGGGCCAAAGUCUAUUUCAUCCAUGAGGGCUACCAGGGGAUGGUGGACGGAGGAGACAACAUCCAAGAGGCAAACUGGGAGAGUGUGUCCAGCAUGCUGCAAGUGGGUGGCACUGUGAUUGGCAGUGCCCGCUGCGCUGAGUUCCGUGCCCGUGAGGGCCGCCUGCGGGCUGCCUGCCACCUGGUCCAGCGUGGCAUCACCAACCUGUGUGUGAUUGGAGGAGACGGCAGUCUGACCGGGGCCAACCUCUUCAGGGAGGAGUGGAGUGGCCUGCUGCAGGAGCUCGUCCAAUCAGGUAGGGCCCCAGCCGCCCGGCAACCAAUCAGAGAGCCAGCCAUCUCACAUCUGGAAUGA